UCCUCAGGCUCUGUCCUGAGGGAAGGAGUUCUCUGUCCUUCCCUUUUUCCCCCCCCCUAUCCCCUCUACCCCUGGGGCCUUGACCUUUUGCUAUAGCGCGGCCUCCACGGUGGCAAGUCCGGAGUGGCUGGGGGGGCAGCAGGGCCCGGCUCUGCGAGCUGCUGUGCGGCAAGGCUGCGGGCAGAUCUUUCUCUGAUUUCUGUUGCCUGCAUCUGCGAAAGGAAGCAGGAACAUUGAGUAGAAAGUUUGAGGUCCGUGGAUGAGCUUUUUUGUUGUUAUUAUUUUUCGAAGUAAUGCUGCCCUCGGUGUAAUAACUUCAGUCUGGACUCUGCAGUUUUGGGAUUCAGCCUCAUAUUGCCUUGUCAUGGCUUGAGCCCGUCAAAGAACUACUGAUGCACACAGUGUACUUUCAUGAGCAAAGAUAGGCCCGUGAAUAAUUGCAGAAUUCAUCUUUUUCUGCCUCUCCAAAGUCCUCAAAGUUUGAUAGCUCUCUUGAAGAACGCUUGCUAUAAAGGGCAAUCACAUAGCUCUAGGGCUGAGCAUCACUCUCAGACCCUUGUAAGGAGAUUACUUGUUUAAUAAUUUUGCUACACAGCCUUAAUUUUGUAAGUGGUAAUGUAAAAGUUGCUUUCCUUCUUCCUUCGUUCUGUAAUACUUGUAAACUAGACAAUAGAGUACUGUGAUACAGUGUAUGGGGAAAAUGAAAGUGAAACUGCAUACAGUUAUUGAAAUAAGUGAGUGGUCUAUAGAUCUUGAAAAAAAAUAGAAAGGACUUGAUAAGAAAUACUUUUGUUCACAUAUGAGUCUUCACGGUUACUAUGCCAAAUAUUUUUUCAUGGUACAUGCAUAUGGGAAAAGUAAAACAUUCUAAAAUUGGUUGUGCAAGGUGCUUCCCUCUUUGAGGAAGGAAGGGAAUUUGGUUUCCUUCAUGAUUUAUUCCCUGCCUCCUGUCUUUUCCUUCGUCCUCUGGAAAUAGGAGGACUAGUUCUUUGUUAAUCUAGUAGUAUCUCAUGGCCCUUGCAUCAGCGUAAGAUGGUUUUCUUUGUGCAUACUUCUUGCAUUUUCUCAUGACUGCUUUAAUAUUUUGUUCAAGUGGAAUCGAUUCAUUUGAGGUUGGGAAGCUGAUUUUCAGAUGAGAAUUUUGACCUCCAACUCUUGUGUGGUAUGUUUUCAUUCAUUCAUCUGAAUAUCUGCUAGUUGUUUUAGCCUGGGUGCUAUUUUCUACCGAGUAUUAUUCUUGCAAUGAGUCUAACUCUCCUUUCUAUUUCUUAAGUCACCAGUUUGUUUUUGCCAGUGUUCUUAUGUUUCCCUUUACUGGACAUGAGUGCAAAAUGCUUCCUGGGAACUAUGGGAGAGUUUGUCUGCCCUUGGAACAGGGAAGGAGACAGACUGUAGGAAGGACAUUGAAGGACAGCUAAUGCAAGGCUUUUCCACCUGUUUUCUUACUGUGGAGUAUGUGGAUUCCAGUAAAAGUUUUAAAUGAGGAGAGCGAGUCUUCCACCUUUAUUCAAAUACUUAGGACACAGCUGUUAAUGGAAAAUUUCAUAUAUGAGUACAGAAUAAGGAAGGUACUCUAGUCUUUAAGGAAAUGGCAGGAUUCUUGGACAACUUCCGAUGGCCAGAAUGUGAGUGUGUUGACUGGAGUGAAAGAAGAAAUGCGGUUGCAUCAAUAGUCGCAGGUGUAUUGUUUUUCACAGGUUGGUGGAUAAUGAUAGAUGCUGCAGUAGUUUACCCAAAGCCAGAACAAAUGAACCAUGCAUUCCAUACCUGUGGGGUGUUUUCAACACUAGCUUUUUUCAUGAUAAAUGCUGUAUCAAAUGCACAGGUGAGAGGAGACAGCUACAGUGACGGAUGUUUAGGAAGGACAGGUGCUCGUGUCUGGCUCUUUAUUGGCUUUAUGUUGAUGUUUGGUUCACUUAUUGCUUCAAUGUGGAUUCUUUUUGGAGCGUAUGUUACACAGAACACUAACGUUUACCCUGGAUUAGCAGUGUUUUUCCAAAAUGCGUUGAUAUUUUUCAGUACUCUGAUCUACAAGUUUGGAAGAACAGAGGAAUUAUGGGGAUGAGAGAUCAAGUACAGCAUUGUCUAUUCCAUAGCGGCUAUGUUGUAUUCUGUAUGUAGAUACAUUUACAUUUAUUUGUUCUCAUUUGCUUUCUAAAUCAUAUGAACUGAACUGAGACAAAUUACAGUUUCUGUAAGAAGCUCCCUCUUUUCAUAGGAAAGUUUUGUGAAUAUGUACAUAUGACUGUAUAUAUCUUAAAAAGGGAAAGUCAGGCUUUCUUUUUGAAAUCUUCAGGCUUAUUCCUUCAAACACAUGGCUUUCUAUCAACCCUUAAGACUUGAUCUUCCAAAUCUUGACAUGUGAGAGAGACUUCAGUGGAACUACAAAUGAAUUAACAAGAUAAUGCCUGUACUCUGUAAAGGUGUUUAUUACUUGCACGCAUUGGUGAGCUGUAGCUGAUUUUGCAAGGGUAAACAACAAGGGCUAGUUGUAUACUUGAAGUAGUAAAGAGCUCAUGGAAGUGGCCCAGUAAAGCCUGUAUUUAAUGAGGGUAAAUUCUAUUGUAUGAAAUAAAAGUUGAUUUCAAGAAUUGUAUGUAACUGCUCAGAAAAAUCUAAAGUAGCAAUUUCUUUUUUCUUUUUUUUUUUUUUUUUUGUAAACAGUGAUGAAUUUUUAGACAAGGCCCUGUAUUAAGCAGAUUCUGCAUGGCAAAUCAGACUGUUCUCGACUCCUGACUGCUGUAGCACAAAUGAAAUUUGGUAGCAGCAUGGCCCUUGUAGAAUUACUCUCAUACUGUUCAGUGUAAGAGACACUAAUAAGCAUUUAGUGUAUUUACUAUUAUUAAAGUAAAAAACCCUGAAACGGAUGCUAGUCAUACUUAAGGAAUGUAAAGAACAAAUGAGAGUUAGACUAACAUCGUUAAUAUUAUGCCAGCAUAGAUUUCCUUCAAGGAAAGCUUUUUUGCUGAUUAAAUGAAUGAUUAUCCUGCUACCUAUUACCUUUUAAAUAGAAAUGGUAAGCAUUUCAAGUGGGGAUAUAAUAGAAAUGUAUUCGUUGCUGUAGUACUUCUAAAAAGCUAAUGAUCUUAUUGAGUAUCUUGAAAUAAUUUUAGUUUUAGGACUGCCACUUGCCCCAGUUAAGAUUUAUUUAUUUCCUAAAUUUGAUGGGCACUUUAUGGGAAUGUUUCCAUUACUGAAAUCCAAUUUGUUCUAGCUGGAGUAUACAGAAAGGGAGAACAUCAGUGUUUUAUGGCUUUGGACUGAUCUUGUAUAUACAUGUUGCUGUUGGUGACUUCCUUAUCUUGAGUUUUACAUGUUCCUAAAGCUUUUAAAUCUACCUUGUGUCUAAAAGCUUUUAUAACUUUCAAUGUAUCAAGAUAGCUGAUCAAAUGGUAUUAAACUUAAGAAUGUAACUAAUGUGCGUGUUACUGUAUACUGUUAGUCAUCUAAUUGCUCCCUUGUGGGAAUCUUUCCAGUGGACAGAAUAUGAAGCAAAUACUGCAGCUGAAAUUGUGCUACUGGCUAGACUAACUUCUAUCCUGAUUUCACUGUCCUGCAGUGAGUUAUGAUAUAUUCACUGGUGUUAAUCAUAGCGCUGUACAUAAGUUGUCUGUUUGGCUGUAAUUCCAGAAAACGGCAAUAAACUUUAUCUUAUGUUCUCAAAAUAGUGUGUAAACAUCACAAGAUAACAGUAUUCUGUUUAAUAGCUCAAGUAAUACUGGCCUUUAAGCAAGUCUUACACCAGCUAACAAUUAAACAAAAUUGUUUUUGUUUUCAAGCCUAUCAGUUUUUGGUAACAAGCUUGUGAAUGUACACGUUGGCUUUUUUGCUAAGUGAAAAACAAGCAUAGCCUAGAACUAGUCCCAUCUGUAGUAUUUUACAUCUACAGUAUUUUACAGAUGCUCAAAUAGCACAAGCAGAGCUAAGUGUUUAACACUGGAGGAAUGCUUUUUGUGUGCUUUAAUGAAAGUCCCCACUUAAAACAGUUUUCUUAAGAACACCUGCAGGGAAGGAGCUCCUUUAUGAGGUUAUCUGCAUUUUCUUUCUUCUGAAUAUUUCUUGACCAUCUCCUCUAGUUUUAGGGAAUUGGUAUGGUUUUGCUUGCUCUCCAUAUGGCAGCUAAGAGGAGAAAAGGCACAACUUUUAGGAUGUGGCUUUUGCAGGACCCUAAGCUCCAAACAGGCAUAUUGCAACAACCAUGCAGGUUUUAUUCAGAAUGUCCCUAGAUUCGCUUUUAGACCAUCAGUAGUUCCAGCACAGUCCAAGAUGGAUAGGGUCGCUCACUUUACAUACACUUUGACCUCCUACAGUUGGCAGUUGUGGAGAUAACCUCUGAAUUACUGUUAAUAGAAGAUUUUUUUUUUUUUAAACGUUGGCCUUUUUAUUUAACUGUAGGAAAUAUUAAAUAUAAACAUCCUUAACAGAAGUCUACUAUAUUUUUACUUAGUAGGGCGGCCUUAUUCUGCAAAGUGUGUGCUGCAUUAGUAAAUGUUCGCAGGAGAUGUUAUAACUAUCAGCUUCUAAAAUAAGGCAGUUAAAACCUCUGUUAUGCAUAUAGGCUGCUCCUUUCAGGAGUCUGUGGUUCUUCAUUUGUUUACAGCAGUUUUGAAAAAAAAUAUGGGCAAACCUAAGAGCAAGUGGCUAUUAUGCAGCUUCUGGCCAACUUAUAAAUUCUUGUCAGACUUACUUUAAGUAUGACUAAGUCUUCAGAUAACUCACUGCUUUGGUAUGUUGCCAAAUCACAAGUGAUGAGAGGAUUACUUCUUCAAGGAAGCAGAUUCAUGAAAAAUGUCACUGAUUUUCAUUGUUGUCUUGUAUAUUCCCAGAAGGGGUGGAACAGUUUUAGCACAGAUAACUGACAGCUGUGGCAGGCACCAGGUCUGUUAACAGCUAACUGUAAGUAACUUGAACAAAUCACUUCCAAGUAAUUAAGGAUAUUCAUUUUAUUUCAUUUUUAAACAAACACCUUUAGUGGAAUAAAAAUACCUUUUAUUAUGUAAGAAGUGGUUAAUUCUUUUACUUUGUGUGUGUGUGUGUGUGUGUUUUUUUUUCUUUUUAAUUAUUUCCGCACUGGGAAGUGGAAAGGUUCCACCCUUCCUUUCCUUCCUUAGCCGAUUGCGCUGUAAGACUUAAUUCAGUCGACUGCUUCUGCUUCAUGAGACUCAAAACACACAUUCAUCUUUCCUUUUGCAGGACUAGUCUGAUUGCCAAAAAGAAAUUCUAGUGUCUGAUAAUUGUUGAUACAUUUCAUACAAAUGCUGAACAAAAUGUAUUUUAAAGUUCAUUUUUUACCAUGAAGAAUAUCAUUGUUUCCCUGUAGGAGCAAAAGAUUAAUGCUUCUUAUGAAUGCAUUAGGAGGCACAUAUCAAGGGAGGAGGAAUGAACUGUCCGGUGCCUUUCUUGGAGUUCUUUGCACAGGUUCACUCUGAGGAAGGUAAAGUACAGUCGGUUUCUCUUUAGACUGCCAUUUUUAUCUGGAGCAAAGAAGUGGAAGUCACAGAAGACCAAGUACUUAAACUGAUUCAAAAAAGGAUAUUGGAGGUGAAUGUAAUACACUUUGAGUGCUAAGACAGAAUUCACAAAUAAAGCAACAAGAACAACAACAAAAAAGCCACUAUAAAAGUAAUUGAUGAUGCAAUUACUCACUGAAAAAUCCCAGGUUGUAUUACAUCCUACCAUAAAGUGCUGCAUUUCUCAAAGCUUUGUUGCACCUUGGGAAAAGGUUUAUUACAAUGAUGUUAACGUAUCAGUUUUGUUUCAAUCAUAUCUGUCUGUCUUAUGGCUAUUUAGUGUUCAUUUCCCCUUCACGUUCCACCUUUUAACUCUUUCCAGGAGAAUGCAGGUGCUAUUGUAGUACAGCAGAAACCAUUUAAACAAAGGCUCAGGUUC